CAUCCUCACUGGGCCCUCACUCAGCUCACAGAGAACAUAGAACAUGCAGGCAGAGGAGUACACACGCAGAGGUAAGGAGUUGGUGGAUUAUAUUGGUCAGUACCUGACAGAGAUCCGCUCCAGGCGUGUGCUCCCUGAUGUCCAGCCAGGAUUUUUGCGCCCCCUGCUGCCCCCCUCUGCUCCCUGCGAGCCGGAACCCUGGGAGAACAUCCUGCAGGACGUGGAGAACAUCAUCAUGCCCGGGGUGGUGCACUGGCAGAGUCCCCACAUGCACGCAUAUUUUCCUGCACUGAACUCAUGGCCGUCUCUGCUGGGCGACAUGCUGGCUGAUGCCAUCAACUGCCUUGGCUUCACCUGGGCUUCGAGUCCUGCCUGUACAGAGUUGGAGAUGUGUGUUAUGGACUGGCUGUGUAAAGCUCUUGGGUUGCCAGAUCACUUUCUGCACCACCACCCAGACAGCCGUGGAGGAGGAAUCCUGCAGAGUACGGUCAGUGAGUGUACGCUAGUUGCCCUGCUGGCUGCCCGCAAAGAUAAAAUCCUGCAGAUGAAAAGCCGAGACUCUACAGAGACAUUCAACGACUCACUCACAGACACAGAUGAGUCCAUUCUGAACUCCAGACUCAUUGCCUACGCAUCUGACCAGGCUCACUCAUCUGUGGAGAAGGCUGGUCUGAUCUCUCUGGUGAAGAUCCGUUUUCUGGAGACGGAUGAGAAGUUCUCUCUGAGAGGAGAAACGCUGCAGAGAGCCAUUCAGGAGGACCGGAGGAGAGGACUACUGCCUGUCAUGCUGUGUGCUACACUGGGCUCUACAGGUGUGUGUUCAUUCGACUGUCUGGCUGAGCUGGGACCCAUCUGUGCUCGUGAGGGUCUCUGGCUGCAUGUGGACGCAGCAUAUGCUGGCUCUGCCCUCCUCUGCCCCGAGCUGAGGUACUUUCUGUCCGGAGUGGAAUUUGCUGAUUCGUUCGUCUUUAAUCCAUCAAAGUGGAUGAUGGUUCACUUCGACUGUACUGCAUUCUGGGUGAAGGAUAAGUUUAAACUGCAGCAGACGUUCAGUGUGGAUCCUCUGUAUCUCAGACACGACAACUCAGGGGCUACAGACUUUAUGCACUGGCAGAUUCCUCUGAGUCGUCGUUUUCGCUCAUUAAAGCUGUGGUUUGUGAUGCGCUCGUUUGGUCUGAAGAACCUUCAGGCUCACAUUAGACACGGGGUGGAGAUGGCCAAACUGUUUGAGUCUCUGGUCAGAAGUGACUCCAACUUUCAGAUUCCAGCAGAGAGACACCUGGGACUGGUGGUCUUCUGCCUCGUGGGUGGAAACGCACUGACCCAAGAGCUCCUGAGGAGGUUAACUCAGUCAGGCACCAUGUUCCUGAUCCCAGCCGCCGUGGGCACCAAACUCAUCAUCCGCUUCACCGUGACGUCCCAGUUCACCCAGCCCGAGGACAUCCACAGGGACUGGAGCAUCAUCCAGCGUACGGCCGCCGAGCUGAUCAAGCCCGGGUUUGGCGCCCGCCCGCUCUCCCUCAGCCUUAGCACCGACACUGAGGCCUCCGAGGACGAACAGGAGACCCUGUGGAUGAGGCUGGAGCCCAUGAUCGAUAAGCACUUGGUGCGUCAGGGCCAGAGACGAGCCACGCGCUCCAUGAGCUGCAGUGCAGAACUUCCACCUUCCAGGCCAGACUCCGCCCACAACCUGAGGGAAGCCCUGCCCCCUGGCACCCUGGCACAGAUCCCAGAGAGCCCGGUGCCCGCCGAGGGCCGCAGAGGGCAGAAACGGCUGCUGAAGUUCCAUAGCGUGCCCAGCUUGUGGCAAUGUGCCAUGCAGCAGAUCUAUAGGCCGCUACACUGGAGCUCCAGCAGAGCCAGCUACUUCACCUGCUGCACGCUGACGCAGAAAUAACGGCGAAACAUCUGAUUCACGCAAUGUUCCCUUUUAGCCCAGAUCUUAUUGACUGGCUGAGACACGUUUGGAACCCAAAUUUUGCGUCUUUAGUUUAGCGCUGGAGCUAUGAGGCUUUGAUGUUCAUACGCGGUUACACAUUUCCAUUCAUUCUCAUCGAAGCUAGUCCUAACUUCUCUGGGGGGCUAAAAGGGGUCCUCCUACCUGACCCCUGAGCCACCUAAACCAUUUUCAACCACCACACAGUCACACCUGACAGUCUGGUGCUCCCACUACAGUCCUAUUCCUCUAGAAUGAGCAGUUGAUAAACAAUAUUUGAAUAUAUUCCAAGCGAUGUUAAGCCUGUAACUAUAGCAGAUCCAUUUUUGGUCCUAUAUAGAACCCUUUUCAAAAAGGUCCUAUAUAGAAUCAUGUAAAACACAUUCUCUAUCAAUCUGAAGAAUGAUUUUUCAAGUGUGUACAUCAAGUAAUUAAACCUUUUUAAAAGUUCCCACGUUUCUUAAACCUGUCUAUUUGCUUGAACUAGACAUCUGGCAUCUUUUGUUUUUGUGUGUAACUGCUGUUCCUUUUGGAGUGGGGGGUACACGAUACGUUGCAUUGCUUUGAAUCGUCAAACAAAUUUACAUUACAAUUUAAAAAAAAAAUUAAAAACACAAAAUUAAAAAAAUUUCACAGGCCUCCCCAUCAAGAAAUACAGAUUACGUUUAUAACUUCUCUUAUUGAAUUUCUGAGCUGACAAUUAAUGCUUUGAAAAAAAAAAACAACAAAUUGCAAAUGUAAUCCAGCGUCCGGAUUUAGCAGAGUUCAGUUACACGGUGAAGUUUAGUCUAUGUUUAUAAAGCACAUCUCUGCACGACCUUAACAAGACCUGGAUGCAGUUUGAGAGAUGUUUGUGGGUGUAUUUACAGAAAAGA